AUGAAACAAAAAGACCUGAAUCCUGUGCUACUGUAUCUAUUCCACUUCAUAGUGUGGAUUUACUCCAGCGUUGUCUUCAUUCCCUACUACAUUGUCACUUGGGUCUCCAAACCUGAAGUAGCAAUUUAUGGAUCCGAGGAGGAGCGUGCAAAAAUUCCAAAGGCUCACUCAGUGCUGGGACAACCUGAGGGACCUUAUCGAACAGUGAAAGCUGCCAAGGGACUGGUGCAAUUGCUGUACCCGGGACUGGACACCCUGGCUAAGGUCUUUGAGUAUUCAGCCAUGAGAUUUGCCCACAAAGAAUGUCUUGGCACAAGAAAUGUGAUCAGUGAGGAAGAUGAGCAGCAGAGCAACGGCAAGAAGUUUAAAAAGGUGAUUCUUGGGGAAUAUCACUGGCUGUCCUAUGAGGAGACUCUCUUUGCAGCCACCCAGUUUGGCUAUGGCCUGGCAGCACUCGGGCAGAAGCCUAAACACAACAUUGCCAUAUUCUGUGAGACACGGGCCGAAUGGAUGAUAGCUGCCUUAGCUUGCUUCAUGCAGAAUUUCCCAUUGGUGACUUUCUAUUCUACACUGGGGGGUCCAGCCAUUGGUCACGGACUGAAUGAGACAGAAAUUACACACAUUAUCACCAGCAGAGAGCUCCUGGAGACCAGACUCAAGGCAAUUCUAGCAAAUGUUCCAAAGCUGCAGUGCAUCAUAGUCGUGGACAAAACUCCAACGUCAUGGCCCGACUAUCCCAGUGACAUUAGUAUCCGGAACAUGGCUGAUGUGCAGAAGUUGGGUGCCAGACCAGAAAAUUCAGUUUCUCAGCAAAAUCAACCUAUAGCUUCAGACGUUGCGGUCAUCAUGUACACAAGUGGAUCCACAGGUACUCCCAAAGGGGUCAUGAUCUCCCAUAGCAACAUUAUCGCUGCCACCACUGGAGUUGCUGAAAGGAUACCUAAUUUGGGUGAAAAAGACACUUACAUUGGCUACCUUCCUCUGGCCCAUGUACUGGAGCUGUGCGCUGAGCUUGUGUGUAUUACUCACGGUUGUCGGAUUGGUUACUCUUCACCUCAGACUCUGUCUGACCAGUCAACUAAGAUUAAGAGAGGCACCAAAGGAGAUAUCACUGUCCUGCAGCCCACUUUGAUGGCAGCUGUCCCCGAGAUCAUGGAUCGCAUUUAUAAGAAUGUGAUGGUAAAAGUUGAGGAGAUGAACUUUGCCCAACGAACACUCUUUACCCUUGCCUACAACUACAAAUUGGAUCAGUACCUCAAAGGUUACAACACACCUCUGUGUGACAAAUUGGUCUUCCGAAAAGUUCGCGCUCUUCUUGGAGGUCGUGUACGAGUGAUAUUUUCGGGUGGGGCACCACUUUCUGCUGGUACUCAACGCUUCAUGAAUGUGUGUUUCUGCUGCCCCGUGGGUCAGGGAUACGGCCUGACAGAGACCUGUGGUGCUGGGACAAUCAGUGAAGUGUGGGAUUACAGCGCCGGGCGAGUGGGAGGCCCGCUUGUAAGCUGUGAGAUCAAGCUCAAAGACUGGGUAGAGGGGGGCUACCACCACACUGACAAGCCGCACCCGCGAGGAGAGAUUCUAAUUGGUGGACCCAACGUAACUAUGGGAUAUUACAAGAAAGGUAAAGAAAGCCAAAGGGAUUUUUUCGUGGAUGAGAGUGGCCAACGCUGGUUCUGCACUGGAGACAUUGGAGAGGUUCAUAAAGAUGGCGGCCUCAAGAUUAUUGAUCGUAAGAAAGACCUUGUGAAGCUGCAAGCAGGGGAGUAUGUCUCCCUUGGAAAAGUGGAGGCUACAUUGAAGAACUGUCCUUUGGUUGACAACAUCUGUACAUAUGCCAAAAGUGAUGAAACGUACGCGAUUGCAUUUGUGGUGCCAAAUCAGAAGCAGUUGCAAGCUCUGGCUGACCAAUAUGGCGUCAACGGAUCAAUGAAGGAGCUUUGCAACAACAAAGUGAUGGAAGAACUGGCGCUCAAGGUCAUCAAUGAGGCCGCUUUAGCAGCCCAGCUCGAGCGCUUUGAAAUCCCUCGCAAGAUCUAUCUGAGUCCAGACAUGUGGACUCCCGAGACUGGACUUGUGACUGAUGCAUUCAAGCUCAAGCGGAAGGAGCUGGAAAUCCAUUACCGGAAUGAGAUUGCAAAGAUGUACAAUGGGAAAUGA